GGGGUACCACGAAGGUCUAGAUAGCUCGUCUUUAUCUCUCACGCAAAAGCUGCCUGUGGCAAAAACUUGUUUCUGCAUCUGCGCGACCGAUCAAAGCUGGUCCUAAGCAACAAACUGCAAGCACCUGAUCACUUUUGUUGAUUCUAUCACAAAUUCGAAACAUGGCGGAGCCGUAUGGUUUUCUGGGCCUCGGCAUAAUGGGCACCGCCAUGGUGCGCAACCUGAUCAAGGCGGGGAAGAAAGUGGUGGUGUGGAACAGGACGGCCAGCAAAUGUGAGGAGCUAGUGCAAGAGGGGGCAAAAGCUGGCAAAAGCCCCGCCGAUGUCGUGGCGCAGUGCCCAAUCACCUUUGCAAUGCUGGCGCAGGAUGAAGUUGCACUGGAGGUUACUUUUGGACCUGACGGUGUUUUGAACGGGAUCAAGGAGGGAAAGGCGUACGUUGAUGCAUCGACAGUGGGACCUAACACUUCCAAGAAGAUCAGCGAUGCGGUCACAAAAAAGGGCGGGCGCUAUUUGGAGGCACCUGUCUCGGGAACAAAGCAGCCCGCAGAACAGGGCAAGCUCAUCUUCUUAACUGCAGGGGACAAGUCCCUCUUCUCGGACGUCAAGCCCGCGCUCGACAUCCUCGGCAGCAAGGCCCUGUUCCUGGGUGACGUCGGCAACGGCGCCAGAAUGAAGGUUACCGUUAACAUGGUUAUGGGAACCAUGCUUAACGCACUUUCUGAAGGCCUAGCGCUCAGUGAGAAAGCGGGUUUAAGCCAAGAGUCGCUUCUGGAAGUUCUCGACGCGGGUGCGAUGUCGUGCGGACUGUUCAAAACAAAGGGUCCGGAGAUGUUGAAGGGGGAGUAUCCGGUGUCGUUUCCGCUGAAGCAUCAUCAGAAGGAUAUGAGGCUCGCGCUUGCGGUCGGAGACGAGGUGGCGCAACCGCUGCCAGUCGCCGCGGCCGCUGAUCAGAACUUCAUCCUGGCCAAGAGUCUUGGCUACGGCAAUGAAGACACGGCCGCCGUCUACAAAGCUCUCCGCGGCACGGAGAAGAGGGUCUAACCUUUCGAGCGCGUCGAGCGAACUUCAUAAGUUUUUUGCCGAGAUUGGCGGCAAAGUUGCCAUAAUCAUGUAUUUAGCGCACGCUAUAUAUUCUCGCGGCAGCUGCUUCAUUUGAUGACCAGGAAAAGCAACGACGUUUACAGUGCUUUACAAUGGUUUGAAGGAUUUCAUUCAAAAGGCGGUUGCUUAGGCACUAUAGCGGUUGGAAUUCGAACGUUAGAAAGCGAAUGAGUUGGCGGAGGCGGAUUCAGAAUUGGCGAGAAAGAAGCAAUUUAGAUUUACAUAUGGGCUCUUCAAAAGAAGCUUUAUUAAGUCGGAGACAUUUAAGCUUUGCUUUUUGCGCGCGCGCUCGCGUGAUAACAGUCGGUAUAGAAAGAAGAUAUGUUGUUAUAAGAACCGUGUUCAAAAGAUUUCGGAAGGAUAGUACAAAUGCAACUAGCUAGCUCGCGGUAGAUGCAAUCGUAGUCGAUCUCAAGACCGUAUCAGUCUGUCGGAUUGAACACGAAAUAGGUUCCCAGCAAAUGUCCUUGUCACGUCAGGCCCGGUGCCUGCCGCCAUCCAAUGUGUAGAUGCAAUGUAUAUAACCAUUAGAGAGCUCUUCUUCAAAUCUGCA